AUGGUUUCAAUAGUACAACCAUCAACAUAUCAAAAGUAUACUACUGAAUCUCUUUUGACAGCCCCAACAUCCCCAACAACCCCAACUACCCCAACAUCAACAGUAGCAUCCACGCCCAUACCAUCAUCAUCUUCAUCAUCAUCAUCACCAUCACUACAUGAGUCACCGUUAUCAACACCAAUAACACUUACUUCAGAACAAUACAACAAAUCAGUUCUAGAUGCCGCAACAACAAACUUGUUGAAUAAAUUCCAAAUUGAAAUCAAGCCUACUGACUACAUGUUUCAAAAGAUGUACUCACCACCAUCUUCACCAUCCCCCUCAUCUAACUCGUCAUCGUACAUGAGACUUACGUCGCUAUGCAAACAUUUCAAGUCACCAGUACUUGCUCAUCACCAACAGGAAAACUCAAGAUACAAAGCACAACAUUUUUUGUUUCAAACUUUACUGGUGGAACAACAACAGCAACAGCAACAGCAGCAAUGUUUAAUGAGUGUGUUUCAUGAAACAUACAUUAUGCUAUGUCUACUUGAUGACUUGUUUAAAUAUGAUAUUUUGGAUAUCGAUACUAUUACGAGUUCGCACGAAUACCUCAAGCUGGAAUUUCACCAGAUAAAGUAUUGGGACUUGAGUCGGGUCAACUUCCAUGUACGCAAAUACCUUGAGUUUUUGCGUAUCAUCAAUCCCGUUGAUGAAGAGCUGCAGAUUAGUCUAGGUGUAGACCAUUGCAACAACAACAACAACAACAUCGCAAAUAACAAGACUGUUAAAAUUGAAGAUAAUGCCGAUUGUUGGUUUAUCAAUAACGAAAUACCGAGAAUUGUUAAGAUGUACAUCAAGUCAACCAUUGUAAUAUUGGAAAAGUGUCUCGAUCUAAUGAUCUAUGAGUCGUCGGCAAUGGAUAGUGUUUAUAAUGCAAUAGGCACUGAAGGAUAUGAGAAAAAUUAUACGUGUAAUGGUGGCGAUGAAGAAGUUAGUCAUUAUAUGGUUUAA